AUGUCUUCCGUCGGUACCGAUCCCGAGGGCCAGGUCAAGUUUCUGGUCAACUGCAUCAAGUACUCCCAGGGCGGAAAGGUUGACUUUCAAGCCGUCGCCACCGACUGCAGCAUCGUCUCCAAGGCUGCUGCUGCCAAGCGAUUCGAGCGCAUCCUCAAGGCCCAUGGCAUGAAGGCCAGCGAGCUCGCCAAGGUUGGUCCCAUGAGUGGCAUGUCCUCUCCCGCUCAAAACACCGCCAGUCCCAAGACUCCGGUGAAGAGCGCCGGCAAGGCUACUCCCAAGUCCAAGGGAAAGCGCGCUGCUGCCGCCUCCCCGACCAAGGACACCAAGCGUGCCAAAAUGGCCAAUCACCCCGCCGUGUCCUCCUAUAACGAUGAGGAUGACGAGGAGGAUGAGGCCCAGUUCAAGGUCAAAGAGGAGACUCAGACCUCUGGCGACGCCUUCACCAACAACGGUUCGUACCAUGAUGACUCCCGAGGCCGCGAUUACGAUGACGACGAGUUGCAACUUCUCUACAUCGUGGAGAAGCCGACCGGUUGCCCCGGCGAUGGGUCUUUCCAGGUUUAA